AUGAGUACCUUUGAAACUCAGAUCUAUCAGCUUGAAACUAGACAAGCCAAAAAGCCCAAGAACUCUGCUGAUGACUUGGACAUUUUUCUUGAAUGUGAAGUUCAUAGAGCUGAUGUUAAUAUCCUUAUCACCUCCUUAAAAAGAAUAGCAGAGGAUGUGAAAACUAGCAGGGAAGCCAAAGGGCUACACAGAAAAGGAAGGACUUUCUUUGCUGACCUUGCUUUCAAUUACAAAGUGGGAGAACCUUUGCCUUGUAUCAAGUACACAGCACAAGAGACUGCUACUUGGAAAGAAGUCUAGAGGAAGCUGAGCAACCUCUACCCAACUCAUGCCUGUAAGAUAACCUGGAUGCUCUCCAAAAGCUGGAAAAAAUACUGUGGCUACCAAGAAGACAGAAUGCCUCAACUUCAGGAUGUCUCCAGAUUUUUAAAAGACCAGUCAUUAUGAAAAAAAACAGGUUUUCAGCUGAUACUAGCUGCAGGACUGCUGUCUGCUCAUCACUUCCUUAGCAGCCUAGCAUUUCGUGUCUUUCAGAGCACACAAUAUAUAAGGCAUUUCUCUUCUCCUAUGCAUUCCCCAGAAUCAUAAAGACUGAAUUGCCAUGAGUUGCUGGGUCAUGUUACUAUGUUAGCUGACAAGGAGUUUGCUCAGUUCUCACAGGAUAUUGGACUGGCUUCUCUUGGAUUGUCUGAAGCAGAGAUUGAGAAAUUGGCCUCACUUUAUUGGUUUACUGUGGAGUUCGGACUCUGCAAACAAAAUGGAUCCAUUAAAGCUUAUGGAAUAAGGCUGCUUUCAUCUUAUGGGGAGCUGAUGUACGAACUAUCAAACAAGCCAGAGUACAAGCCUUUUGAUCCAGAAAUCAUUGCAGUUCAUCCCUAUUAGGACCAAGCCUUCCAGCCUAUCUAUUUUGUAGCAGAAAAUUUUGAAGAUGCCAAGACUAAGCUCUGAAACUAUGGAAUGAAGAUCAAGAAGCCUUUCUCUCUGCACUACGACCCGUUCACCAGCAGCACAGAAAUUCUGAACACACCUCAGAAAGUGGAGCAAACACCCAGUCAAAUGAAAGAGGAACUGAAAACCAUCUCCUUGGCCCUUGAAAAUCUCUCUUAA